UGUUGGAGCCGAGCAUAUGAUGGAGGCACUUGUUGGCCGUAAAUCUAUCGAGGAAGCCAUAUUCCUUGUCGUUAAAGAGGCACAGAAAUAUUUCAAGCCCGAGUUUGUGAGCAGACUAACUGAGGUCGUGAUCUUCAAGCCACUGUCCAUUAGUGAGCUGAAGGAGAUUGCUAGUAUUCAGUUGAAAGCCAUGGCUGCUCGUGUAGCAGAAAAGGGCAUUACUUUGACCACCAGUGAUGCUGCUUUGGAUGUCAUCUUGCACAAAUCACACAACCUAAGCGGCGGAAGGUCAGUAAGGAGGUUGGUGAAGAAGAUCGUGACCACGAAGCUCUCUGAGAUGCUGGUGAAAGGAGAGGUAGAGGAAGGCACCAUCGUCACCAUUGAUGCAACUCAAGACAGGAAAGAACUCAAGUACAAUGUCCUGAAGAAGGCGGCACCAAGUGAGCAUCAGUUCGCAGAGAGCAGCAGCAGACGGGCUGCAGGAAAGAUGCCGGCCGUCGUGGAGAUCUCCAGCGACGACGACUCCGACUCCGACGUUGCCGUGGCUGCACCCAUGGCCAAGAGGAUGAAGGGCGCAACCAUACGAUCAUCGCUGUGCAUGUAAUAUGCGGCCAGGAAGUGAUCGAAUUGAGCUGAAGAUGCUAGCUAGUGAUUAAUUAAUUCUGCAUUUGUCACAGCCGCUGGUUUUAUUGCUAACUACCGGCCGGUCUCUACCUCACUGUACAUGUAAUGUUGGCUAGAUGAUUUGGAAGUCUAAUUUGCUAUA